AGGUAUAGUGCAAACCUGUUGGAGCAGAUGAUCAUACUGUAUAAUACUUUCGUGAAAUGCAAGGUGUCUAUGCUUAGUGCUGAACACAGGGGCUGUUAUCACUUGUGACUGGAUAAAGUCUGCUGGCUGUUGAGGGUGGAGCCAUUGUAGUGGACAAACAGAAGAUGCACCAAGGCCGUCUGCGGAUGCGACCCUGGCUAGAGGAGCAGAUCCAUUCUGGAAAGUACCCGGGAGUCACUUGGCUUGAUGAAACAGCCGGUGUGUUUCAGAUUCCAUGGAAACAUGCUGCUCGACACGGUUGGAAUAUAGACAAGGACGCCACUCUCUUCCGAAACUGGGCGAUGCACACGGGGAGAUACAAGCCUGGCAUAGACAAACCUGAUCCCAAAACGUGGAAAGCCAACUUUCGAUGUGCUCUCAACUCCUUACCAGACGUGAAGGAGCUGCGUGACAAGAGUAUUAAGAAAGGGAAUAACGCCUUCAGGGUCUACAUGAUUCUUCCCUCAAUUAAAACUCCAAAGCGAAGGAAAGGGCUGAGGAGGUCUGAUUCUGGCAUCAAAUAUGAAGAAAGUGGAAUGAUCUCUUUUGCAGAAACAACUCAGCCAUGUAUUUGUCCCCCACUGGAGAUGUUUAAUGAGGCUUUUGGGAAGCAUAGAAGGGGUGAGAAUGAGCACAGCCCGGGCAUCUUCCACAAUAGAGACACUUGUUUUACCACUUCUGUAAUCAAGGAUGGGCCUCCUGAGCACUGUCUCUCACAGCUGCCCUUCCCCACUGAUACAAAUGGGAAUACAGAACAUCCUGUAGUUGACAAUGAACACACACAAGCUGUAUUGAAGAUAGUCGAUCACCUGAAGAACUCAGAGCAACCUCAUGACAACAGCCGAAGUUGGAGGCCUUACACCACACCAUGGGCAACUUACUACAGUGGGUCUCUUGCUAAUACAGCUCAUGGGAUAGACUACUCUGGAUAUCCUCUUCAGCCAGAUUUCCAUAUGUACAAUGGACACCAAAAGCCAUUCUGUGAAGAUUUCUAGCAGACAGAUUGUACUGCAGCAUCACAAAGCUUAUACAAGUAUGGACACUGGACCAGACCAAAAGACUGAAGAAUAUUAUAAAUGAAAAAAGGAAUCCCCCCAGCAAGCCAAGAAUAUCAGUUACCUGCCAGUGGACUACACCAGACUCACAUCUGCAGUACUCCCUCUAGAGGUAUAAACUGACCACAGACUCUGAGACCACGGACUGUAAAACCCUUUGGUGGAACUCUUGGUAGAAAAUACUGUCACUACAGAUGUCUCAGAAGACCAGUCUCAAAAUGACCUGCAUUAUACUCAAGGCACUCAUCUGAUCUGGUGGAUGACUGGAAAUCAUAAAGGUGGAAAACAAGCUGUUUGAAUUGUAUUUUUAAUGAUGUUUAACAUUUUAAAGUGUGAAAAUUUU